AUAUUAAUAAAUUCAUUAGACAGUUAUGUUUGAAGAAGUUCUUUGCCAAUCAGAAGGAAACUCAGAAGGAAGAGGUUGUAUUAAAAUACAAACAUACCGACUUAAAAACGAAAUCUAACUUUUUUCCCAAACACCUCAUCUCUGAUGAAAUUAAAGCAUUUGAGAUAAUGGUCAUGAAAGAGAUAAGACAAAUUAGGCCAUUGAAUAAAUACCAAUACAACAUGUCAA